GUUUGAGCAGGAAGAAGAUCCGUGAGCGGUGAGGGAGAGCCACAGCAGAAUGGUUCGUUUAAACUGGCGUCAGCUGACAGAAACGGGAUCAAACAUCGUGAGGACGCAUUGAGACGGCUAUCAGAAACACAUCUGCGCAAUUGCUUUCAGAAACAUUUCUUUUGACCUCUGCUGGACUCCAAACAUGUCGGACAUCACGAUAAACCUUUGCUUUUCUGAUGACGCUGCUCAGAGGAGAACGGUGACCAAAAACAAGAAGAACAGAAACAAACGCAUCCGGAAGAAGAUGCGGCUUUUAAAGCAGAAGGGCCUCCUGGAAGGUGGACACGGCGGCGACCAUCAGACGGGACAGUCUAGACACAACCCACCUCCCCGCCUAAAUGGAGCGCCGGCAGGUCAGCCGUCACAUCACACCUCCUCACACGACAGAAGUUUACCUCGUCCAAGCAGCUCCGGCGGCGCUGCACACUGUAGCUCUGAGACGCCGUCAUCGACUGUGAACACCUCAGGCCGCCACGAAAAGCCAAAGGACACCGUGAAGUCAAACGCAACAACCAGCACCCACCUGCCUUCAGCGUCCAGCAGCAACAAAUCUGCUGCCACGCCAACAGGAAUCCCCACCAAAUUCCUCGCCAUCGACUGCGAGAUGGUGGGCACGGGACCCAAAGGGAGCAUCAGCCAACUGGCCCGCUGCAGUCUGGUGAACUACGACGGAGACGUGGUCUACGACAAAUUCAUCAACCCCUCCGUGCCUGUCACCGACUACCGCACGCGGUGGAGCGGCAUCCGGCGCAGUGACCUCGUCAAUGCCACGCAGUACUCUGAGGCCAGGAGGGAGAUCCUGAGGCUGCUCAUGGGGAAGGUGGUGGUCGGCCACGCCAUCCACAACGACUUCAAGGUCCUGGGUUACGCUCACCCCGCCGCCCUGACCAGAGACACGUCGCGAAUCCCUCUGCUCAACCUGAAGGCCGGCUUCGCUGAACACGAGUGCGCCUCGCUGAAGAGACUCACCAAGGCCAUCUUCAACCGAGACAUCCAGACCGGGAAGAGGGGACACUCUUCGGUAGAGGACGCCCGAGCGACCAUGGAGCUCUACAGAGUGGUGGAGGAGGAGUGGGAGAGGACGCUGGCCUCCAGGUCUCAGGCUGCGUCUCGAGAGACGACACACAAAUAAACAGAGUUUAAAGAGACGUUUGGUGUAGCAGGUAUGUGGCUGCUCGCCGACAGGACGCACUCCUCCUGCCGUCCUGUCGACACGUGACGGAGCUGAUGGAUUUUUAUCAGCUCCGUUUAAAAAAACUGAGACGUCAUGAUGGCAGGAGGCCGAAAUGACUGUUGGGUUUGCUGCUGCCGGCGGCCUCAGCUGAUCUCUCUCAGGGUUUGUGUUUAAAGGUGCUGCUGCCAGCAGGGGGCGGCCAUGUUGUCAUUCUGCAGCUCAAUGACAUCAUUCAAACUGUGUCCAUGACCCCAAACACCAAAAUAAAUGCUUUCAGGUUUCUAACAGGUAAGUGUUGAUCACAUGUGCAGUCCAGCAGAUGAAAUUAAGUCAAAAUUAAAGCUUUAAGAGACGUCAUUCAUCUUAAAAUAAGGGCUUAAUUGGUGUUUUAAUGAGUUAAAUUAAUCUUUCAGGGGUUUUAAAAUUAAUCAGACAUGGGAGGUAGGAUUUUAUGAAUCAUUUUUUCUGAUGUUGUGUUGUAAAAUCUCAAAAAUAAUUGGAAAAAUCGGGUUUUUUAAAUAAUUGUAUAAAU